AUGCAUGUUCUUAUAUCUAUCUAUCUAUCUAUCUAUCUAUCUAUCUAUCUAUCUAUCUAUCUAUCAACCAACCAGACACACAUAAUGAAACACUCACACAUACAUAUAUAUUUAAACUAUAUAAAUAUUGUUAUUCUUUCUUUCUUUUUCUCUUUUUCUUUCUUUGUCCAAUGUAUUUUUUUUUCAUUUACUAUUGUCAAUUUAAAUUUCUUUUUCUUCUCUUCUUUUUUUCACUAUUAUUUCCUUUUCUGUUUUUUUAUGUCUCUUUUUAAAUUAUAUUUCUUUCUUAUUUUUUUUUCUUUUAUUUUUUUCUUUAUUUUUCAUUUCUUCUUUCUUUUAUUUGUUUUUUUCUUUCUUUUUUUUUUUUCUUUUCUUUCUUUAUCUUUUUCUUUUUUCUUUUUCUUUUUUUUUUUUAAUUUUUUUUUAAAUUUUUUUUUCUUUUAUUUUUUCUUUUUUUUUUUCUUUUUUUCAAUUUUUUUUUUUUUUUUUCUUUUUUUUUCUUUCUUUUUUCUUUCUUUCUUCAUUUUUAUUUCAAAUUUCUUUCUUUCUUUAUUUCUUUUUUCAAAUUUCUCUUUCUUUGUUUGUUUGUUUCUUUCUUUCUAUCAAUUGCAUUCUGAUCCUAUCUAUCUAUCUAUCUAUCUAUCUAUCUAUCUAUCUAUCUAUCUAUCUAUCUAUCUAUCUAUUUUCUCAAUACUGAUCCCAUCUAUCUAUCUAUCUAUCUAUCUAUCUAUCUAUCUAUCUAUCUAUCUAUCUAGUUACUGA